AUGGACAGUACGGACACUGACAUGAUGGAGGCGGAGUCCAUGGCGGUGCCACCGCAACCUCCACCGUCACAACUGCAUUCCAGUCCAGGCCAACACGAUGUCAUUAAAGGCAUGCUCACUACUUCUUGCCAGCUUAUCGAUCAAGGCAAGCCUUCUAAGGCUCUCCAAGCGGUGUCGAUGGCCAUGAGAACCAAAGGCAGUGAGCAAGCUAUAUUUCAAGCCCUUAAUCGUGCCCAGGAGUUGUACAGAAAUAAAGUACAGGCAAGUGUGGUUGCAGAUGAGCUAGCUUAUUUAUUUGCUGAGUGUGCCAUUGCUGAGGCCAUGCCUCCCGUAUCCCAGCCUUCUGAACAUAAUACAGUGGAUAACCCAAUUGAAGUAGAUGUUGAUGGAACUUCAAUAUUAGCUAAAACUGGCAGAAAACAGAUAAUGCUUGAUGCAUUCUCUAAUGAAACCAACUUUGUCUGCUUACACUGUGGGGGUCUAGUUAGUGCGCACCGCAAAGAAGAGCACUACUCAUUCUGGUUUUGCAAAAUGUGA